GCACGUGAUCUUUAUUCAGCAUUAACACAAUUCUUUCAAAUCUAUACUGAUUAUGCAUCAAAUCCAUUUUAUGUUACAGGUGAAAGUUAUGGUGGUAAAUAUGUUCCAUCAAUAGGAUAUAAAAUUCAUGUUGAAAAUCAAAAUCCACAAGUUAAAGUUAAAAUUAAUUUAAUUGGACUUUCAAUGGGAAAUGGAUGGACUGAUCCGUAUAGACAAUAUGUAUAUGGACCAUUACUUUAUCAGAUUGGUUUAAUUGAUGAUAAUCAAUUAUUUUAUAUCAAUCUUCAAUCAGAUUUAAUUCGUUAUGCAAUUAGUCAAAAACGUUUUUCUGAUGCAUUUACUAUAUCUGAUUCGUUAAUCGAUGGUGAUCUUAUUAAUACAACAUCUUAUUUUACAAAUGUAACAGGUUUACGAGCUUAUUAUAAUUAUAUACAAACUGAUGCAUCUGCAUCGUUAUCAAAUUAUGUUAAAUUUAUUACAAAUGUUGAUCGUCGUCGACAAAUUCAUGUUGGAAAUUUAACAUUUCAUGAUGAUAAUAAAGUUGAAAUAAUGCUUAUAAAUGAUGUUUUUCAAAGUAUACCAUCAGAACAAUUAACAACUCUUUUUAAUAAUUAUAAAAUUCUUAUUUAUAAUGGUCUAUUAGAUAUAAUAUGUGCUGAAAGUUUAACAUUAAAUUGGAUUGCAGAUUUACAAUGGUCACAUUCAAAUGAAUAUAAAAAUGCAAGUCGACAAAUAUGGAAAGUGAAUUCAACAGAUAAUUAUGUAGCAGGAUAUAUUAAAAUAGUCUAUAAUUUUAUAUUAGCUUCUAUUCGAAAUGCUGGACAUUUAGUACCAGGUGAUCAACCAAGAGCUAUGUUUGAUUUAUUAAAACGUUUUAUUCAACUUACUUUUGCUAAAUGA